AUGUUGGGAAUGAGCACCCAUGUCACGUUCGAUGAACAUGAUCCAAACGAGUCGAGAAAGGGAGCCGAACAUGUAGAUGGUCCUCCAUCAGCACUGGACUACUCGCCACUCCCGCGGUUGACUGCACGAUCACUAUGUAUGGGCGCUCUGGUCUCUAUGGGAGGACUGAUAUUCGGUUAUGACACCGGUCAGAUUUCUGGUUUUCUGGAAAUGCCCGACUUUCUGGAACGCUUUGGUCAGCGACAGGGAGAUGAAUACACCUUUAGUAACGUUCGAUCCGGUCUCAUUGUCGGCCUGCUAUCCAUUGGCACACUGGUGGGCGCUCUCGUGGCUGCCCCCAUUGCUGAUCGGAUUGGCCGUCGCAUUUCCAUAUGCCUCUGGUGUAUCGUCGUCUCGGUUGGCUUUGUCAUUCAGGUCGCUGCCGUAACCGCUUGGGAACAGAUCAUGAUUGGGAGACUGGUGGCCGGCUUUGGUGUCGGUGCCCUGAGUCUGUUGGUCCCCAUGUAUCAGUCCGAGACGGCGCCUCCGUGGAUUCGUGGUGCUCUGGUCUGCGCGUAUCAAUUAUUCAUUACUCUCGGCAUCUUCUUGGCUGCCUGCUUCAACUAUGGCACCUACACCCACCAAACACAUAGCUCGGCCUCAUGGCGCAUCGUUAUUGGUCUCGGUUGGAUCUGGACUCUUAUCCUUGGCAUUGGCAUGCUGGCUUUCAGCGAAACUCCCAGAUUUGACUACCGCCGUGGUAGAAUCGAAGAGGCCAAGAAGACAUUGAUGAAGGUAUACGGUGCUCCUGCCAACCAUUAUGCUAUCCAUGUGCAAAUGGAGGAAAUUGGCAACAAACUCCGCGCCGAAACUCAGAUCCAAGGAGGCGUUGUUAAAAACACGAUUGAAAUGUUCCGGGCACCUCGUAUGGCUUACCGUAUAGCCAUUGGAAUGUUGUUGCAGAUGUUCCAGCAGCUUACUGGCGCCAACUAUUUCUUUUACUAUGGCACGACUAUCUUCAAAUCCGUAUCAAUCAGCUCCUUUGUCACCCAGAUAAUUCUGAACGCAAUCAACUUUUGCCUUACAUUCAUUGGUCUCUACUUGAUUGAACACUACGGCAGGCGCAAGUCGUUGAUUAUUGGUAGCAUCUGGAUGUUCAUCUGCUUCAUGAUCUUUGCCUCGGUAGGGCACUUCCUGCUCGACCUGGAUGACCCAACCCAAACCCCCACGGCCGGUAUCGUUCUCAUCGUCUUUGCCUGCCUUUUCAUUCUAGGAUUUUCAACCACAUGGGGCCCGCAAGUGUGGUCGUUGGUUGCUGAGAUCUAUCCGUCGCGGUACCGAGCAAAGGCCAUGGCCUUGGCCACCGCCAGCAACUGGAUUUGGAAUUUUUUGAUUGCCUUUUUUACACCAUUUAUUACGUCUGCCAUUGACUUUCGCUACGGCUACGUGUUUGCUGGCUGUAAUGUUUUGGGCGGACUGUUGGUUUACUUUUUCGUUCUCGAAACCCAAGGUCGAACCUUGGAGGAAAUCGAUACAAUGUAUGUUGAGCACGUCAACCCUCGCAAAUCCUCGAAAUGGGUUGCGCCUCCACCAGAGGAGAUGGAUAAGAUUAGAAAGGAGGCCGGCACCGAAGUAUCUACCCCACCAGCGGGUAGUACUCAUGGAGGAGUGCUUGAGAGCAGGUAA